AUGCAAUCCUCUUGGGACUAUGCACGAUGCAUCGAAUCAUGUCUCGACUACACUCUGACGUCCGCGGGCAUGAUUUGCGCAGUCAGCAAAUACGAUUGCAUGUGUCUCAAGAGGGAAUGGAUCACGCAGCUGCUGAACAGUGAGACGCCGCUAUCUUGUAUUGUCAACUCAUGCGCGACGCGCGCGCAAUCAAGCUUCGUCAACGGCGUGUUAAGAAUGUGUGCGUCUCAACAAGUCUUCAUCACAUCGGUCAUCGAUCCUACGAACCCGCUUGUAAAGUAUCUGCCGACAGGCACAAGCGCUAUAUUACCACCUUAUUAUUCGACGCCUCUAUCGACGUCUUCUAUAAAGGCUUCCACAUCUGCAUUCGCCCCAACAACGCUGUUCACAUCAACAACGGCACCAACGUCAGCACUGAGUUUCUCGGUUUCGACAACAGGUGUAGCACCGGCAGCGGGCGCGUCUUCAGGGCUGGGUCCAAAAGCCACUGGCGGUAUUGCUGGCGGAGUCGUGGUGGCUGGGCUCGCCAUCGCCGCUCUCUUGAUAUGGUCCAUCAUGCGCAAGCGCAAGCGACGCAAUGAUUCGAAAGAUAACGACUAUACAACUGGGUAUCCGCAUGAAGAGCAAAACGGGAAAUCCCAAGACCCGUCUAGAGACCAGGAUGUCUAUUCAGCAAUUUACCAAGACCACAAUGCAGUUCAAGAAUUACCGGGCGACGAUCCACCUCAGUCACCGAAUAGCAACCGCUUGUCAGAGCUUGACUCUAUCAGACCGGUGUCAGAGCUCGAUUCGACAGAGACGGGUAGCGAGCGCUGGUCAGCUGUGCAUGGAGGCCCGUGUCGUUUCACCAAUGCUCCCGGAUGUCGCUGA